GGGGAGGGGGGGAAGCAGGGCUGCCCAGGCGCGGCGUUGUUGACCGCGGACCUUCUUCUUCGCCGCCACCACCCCGCCCAAGACGGAGGCGAAGCGGCUCCUGGAGCCCUUUUGGAGGACAGCUCAGCCAUGGCCAGCUUUCCCUAUUUCAGCGAAGCAGAGCUGAAGAGCCGCAAGGUUCAAUAUCUGGCCCAGAACUCCGUCGCAGCUGCCUCUCAAAUCCAGGAACUGCUGGAUUUCUUGAACUCCUUCAAGGUCCAGGUUGGGAUCCUGGGAGAGCACCGCGCAGGGGUGACCAUGCUGGUUGAGGCUCUCCUGAGCAAGCCCAGCCCAGUGACCAACCUUUUUGCUUACUUCCGGGAAGCUCAACAGCCCACGCUCUCUGCAGAGGUCCACGUCCAUCCCACCUUCCCUCACCUCGUCUUGCACGAUCUACCUGGCUUUGAGGCCACCGAGAAACCAGCUGCCUAUCUCAAGAAGCUGGGGGACCUAGAGCAAUUUAGCUGCUUUGUGAUGGUGGUGGGAACCAGGGGCUUCACAGACGUCCAUCUGCAAGUCCUUAAGGCAAUCAAGCAAAGGAAGAAAGUUUUCUUCGUGGUUCGCACCAAGAUCGACCUGGAUUUGCACACAGCUAGAAGGCGCCUUCGAUACAGACACAAUCCUGCAGAGCAGAUGAACCAGAUCCGGAAGGAGUUGUCCGAGACAUUGACCAAGGACGGAUUGGAGGCCAAGAAGCUCUUUCUAGUGUCUGGGCUGCAGAAGGAGAGAUAUGAUUUUGCUUGGUUCGAGGAUAGCUUGGAAGGAGAAGUGCUCAACUUGAAAAGGCACCAAGAGGGAACUCUGAAGGACUUCCAUGCGGUGAGUCAAAAGAUGGUCAAGGAGCUAUUUGACGUUUGCAAGUUCAACAGCUUGGCUGAAGUCCCAACAGUAAUCCAGAGUAUGCUGACCAAUCCCGCUCAAAUCCACCUGAAUGUAGCUCUGAUUGGGGAAACAGGCUCAGGAAACUCCUCUCUGAUCAAUGCGCUGAGAAGAGUAGGCCCUGAAGAGCCAGGGGCAGCCCCCACUGGAGUAGCGGAAACAACCAGGAGAGCCACAGCCUACCCGUUCCCAUCCGUCCCUAACAUGUUCCUGUGGGAUUUACCGGGAGUGGGAACGAGGGAGGACGAUGUGAAGCGCCUGGAUCUCAGCCGCUACAGCAUCUUUCUCUUGGUGGCCUCGGAGCGCUACAAGCACAUCCACAGCUGUCUGGCCAAAAUUAUUGCUUCGGAAGGGAAACAGUCUUUCUUUGUGAGGAACAAGAUAGACGUAGACAUGGAAGCCCAAGGUGGAAACCAACCCGAGUUGAAGGAGAAACUUCAGGAACAGAUCCGGAAGAGAUGUGUGGAAGCUCUGAAGAACGAUGGCGUUGACUGUCCAGUCUUCUUGGUCUCCUCCUUCAUCCCUGAAGCCUACGACCUCCCUCUCCUUCGGGAAGAACUCCAGAAACAGGCUUCUGAGUGGAAGAGGAAGGCAUUGAGGAGAGUGAUCCCGACCGUCUCCUCCCAGCUGGUCAGGCUCAAGAGCAAAGUGCUGAUGAAGGACGUGUGGGGGAAGACCUUGCAAGUUGGCCUCUCCUCUGUGGACGAUCUCAAGGAGACUGUGGUCGAAACGCUCCUGGCCAUCAUCACCAGCUUCUGCAUCCACCUUGGUCUGAAUGAAACGUCUGUCGUGAACACAGCCCAGUGUACUGGCAAAGCAGCCCAUCUGCUUCAGGAACAGAUCCAAAGCCGCUUUGCCCGGCCAAUGCACUCCACCGAGGUGCUCAACCUCAUAGUUAAGUCUCCCUCAUGGAACAGCUGGGCGUGGAGCUAUGUGCCGUACUGGGGCCAAAGAAGCAAUGUGGAGGCCACCAUCUCAGUGGAGAAAGUUUACAACCUGCUAAAAGAAGCUGUAGUGGAACUGUCCGAAGACGCAGAGAGGCUGCUACUGGCAGCCUUCUCAGAGGAUUAGAGGAGGAAGAGGGAUAGAUUGAUUUUGGGAUGUGGGGAGAGGAAGGGCCAACCACCUUUGUCGCUGUUUAAAAACAGCGGAGAGAAAAGUAACGGGAGAAAAGUCCCUGCGAUAGGACACACUGAGGCAAGAGCAAAGAUUGCUUGGCAUAGUGUCCGGUGGUGGUGUCAAUGAUGGUGUUUUUCGGAAGGGCCCAGCAAGAUUUGGCUGUA